UUCUCGCGCUCCUGGAACUUUCUGGAGCCUCUUCCACUCGGUUGGCCGGAGAGUGAGCAAAUCUCCGGCGGGAGCGGGGAUAGCCCAGGAGCGCUGCAAUUAUGAGCUAACUCGGGGUUCCCAAAUCAGUGGCGUGGCGGUCGCCGCCGCCUGCGAGGACUGCGAGGGCCCCGGAACAGGACCGCGGGGCGGGCGCUGUAUGCGGAACGGGAUACUUUCAGAACAAAGCCGUGCUCCACCUCCACUCCGCUGCCCCCUCAUUUACCUCUUUCGGCGUCUCUUACCGGCUGGUUCUUUAACCCUGAGGUUCUGGGAACCCACUAAUCAAGAAAUGCUGAGCAAGAUGGGCCUGGGCCCCAGAGCAGUCUCACAGGCCUUGGAUCUUGCUCCUUUUCGCGCGCAGUCUAUGGCCCCUUAAUUCUACGUGCGAAGUUGGAAGAGCUCUUUGUGUCCCACCAGUCUGAACCUGCAUCUACAGUCUGCAAAGCAACUACACUAUCCAGGGAAACUCUAGGGCUGGGGAUAAACCUACAAGACAGAAUGAAUUAAGGAAGAAUACUGCUGCACAGAUAUGGGAGUGAGGCCAGGGGCAUUUGUAUGUGUGUGCCACACUUUUCGUUGUUGUUGGUGCUGGUGUUGGGUCAAGAUCACAUUUUACAGGGGAGGAAAUUGAGACGAAGGAGGUGAAGUCACUUGCCUCAAGAUGAACAACUGAGUAAUGAUGCGGAUAUGCUGGCUGGUGAGACAGGACAACCGGCACCAGAGAAUCAAACUUCCACAUUUGGAAGCAGUCAUGGUUGGGCGUGGCCCAGAGACCAAGAUCACUGACAAGAAAUGUUCUCGACAGCAAGUACAAUUGAAAGCAGAGUGUGACAAAGGAUAUGUCAAAGUAAAGCAGGUAGGGGUCAAUCCUACCAGCAUCGACUCAAUCAUAAUUGGGAAGGACCAAGAGGUAAAGCUGCAGCCUGGCCAGGUUCUCCACAUGGUGAAUGAACUUUAUCCAUAUAUUGUAGAGUUUGAGGAAGAGGCAAAGAGCCCUGGCCUGGUAACACAUAGGAAGAGAAAGAGGUCCAGCAGCAAUGAUUCCAUAGGAAGGGAUGCUGCCCAGGAAGCUGAGCUGAGCACAGGACUGGAAUCUGGGAGUCACCCUAGCCAGUGCUCCGUACCCCCAAACAAGGGGACAGAUGCAUCUACCAAAAAGGAAUAUUCAAGCCACUGGAGUCAAGGCUUGAAGAUUUCUAUGCAGGACCCCCAAAUGCAGGUUUACAAAGAUGAGCAGGUGGUGGUGAUUAAGGAUAAAUACCCCAAGGCUCGUCACCACUGGCUGGUCUUACCAUGGGCCUCCAUUUCCAGUCUGAAGGCUGUGACCAGGGAACACCUUGAGCUCCUCAAACACAUGCAUGCUGUGGGGGAAAAGGUGAUUGCAGAUGCUGCUGGGUCCAGCAAACUGCGCUUCCGAUUGGGCUAUCAUGCCAUUCCCAGCAUGAGCCAUGUACAUCUUCAUGUGAUCAGCCAGGAUUUUGAUUCUCCUUGUCUUAAAAACAAAAAACAUUGGAAUUCUUUCAAUACAGAUUACUUCCUAGAGUCACAAGCUGUGAUGGAGAUGGUACAAGAAGCUGGCAGAGUGACUGUCCGAGAUGGGAUGCCUGAGCUCUUGAAGUUGCCCCUCCGUUGUCACGAGUGCCAGCAGUUGCUGCCUUCCAUUCCUCAGCUGAAAGAACAUCUCAGGAAGCACUGGCCAAAGUGAUUCUGUGGAGUUUGAACUUUGCACCAAGUAUGGCUGAUUGUUUAGAGCAAACUCCUGGCACCUGUUCUGGAUUGCUUGUGAACUUUUACUUAUUUCUUGAAUUAAAACAUGCAGGUUUUUUUUUUUUUUUUAAAAAAACAAAGCUUGUUCUAUUCCUGAGUAGCUACAAUGUGGGGUGACUUGAAACAGUUCAGGAAUUAGGAAUUUGGGUUUGUCAUGAAUGGUUGGUGAGGGCGGCUGGGACAGGCCUGACCACCAUCUCCAGGAUCCACGUCAGGUCUGGUGAAUGGGAGCCAAGCCAUGUUCACACUGACCUAGUAUAGGAUAUGGAAGCAGAGGGCAGGCUAUAUAUUUCUGUUUCUUAUAUUUAUCCUCCCUCCCUAGAGGCAUGUGAUACCAUUUCAUCAGAGCAGUCAGAGGGGUCUCUUGUUUAUCCCAAAGGUACUAAUUCAUCUUCUAUAAGCUUAAUCUGUUCUGUAAUAUUC